UUUGGGAUUUGGGACUACAAGCAAAAGAGAGCUCAAAAUUUCCUUUGUGGUUCAUUAUUUCUUUGAAUUUUUUCAUGUGUUUUAACCUUUGUUUUGAGAGUUCUAGAGUUUUAAGAAAAUUUACUGGGUAAGAUUUUCAAUUUUAUGUUGAGAGUGGAAUGACUUUUUGACUCACGAAAUCGUCCACUCUAUUCUCUAGUUUGUUUGGUCUCUGUGCAAAUCUUAAAAAUGGCUUAUUUCUUCAAUGAUGAUCUUGAUACUCCUCUAUUUUCUAGAAAAUCUAGAUUGAGUGACUUCUCCAAUCAUAGAACUUUUAAAUUCAGGCUGAAUCUGAUCAACAGAUUUGAUCAGAUUUCUGCCUAGUCUUCUUUUCUUGAAGAUAUUACCUUUGUGUUUAUGCCUAAGUAAGAGUCAUUUCUUUCAAUGAUCUAAAGACAAUUCUUUCUCAUUUUCAAAAUUGUACACAUUUCUGAGUCUACUUUGGGACAACUCUUCUGGUUUUAUUUUAACUAACUUUAUUUUCUUUGGAAUCAAGGAAUUGGAGAUCUCAAAAACGAGCUGUGAGAUCUUUUCUCAUUUGUUCAUUCAAUAAAAUGUUGGCUACUUAUAGAACUAUGGCGGGAUCCCCUUUCAAUGGAUUCUUGCAUCUUAGAAUCCUUCUAACUAGUAUCAAAUGAGUCUUUGGUAGGCACUUUAAGAAACCUUUUCGCUCCAGAGUCGAACCUUGCCAAAGACUUCUUUUUAGGUAUGCUCUGGCCACUAUGUAUAGGUUUGAUCUUGUUCUUGCCUAUAUUUGUAGAAUUCCUUGUUCUUAAAAAUUGACUUUUGUGAACAGGUGCCAUCCUACUUUUUCAAUGUAAUCAUACUAUCUUUCUU